AGAUCAUGCAUGAUGUCAUCAAGAAAGUUAAGAAGAAGGGGGAGUGGAAGGUGCUGGUGGUGGACCAGUUAAGCAUGAGGAUGCUGUCCUCCUGCUGCAAGAUGACAGACAUCAUGACCGAGGGAAUCACAAUUGUGGAGGAUAUCAACAAGCGCAGAGAGCCGCUCCCCAGCCUAGAGUCGGUCCACUCUCUCAUCAGUGACUUCAAGGACCCACCAACUGCUAAAUACCGGGCUGCACAUGUGUUCUUCACAGACUCAUGUCCAGAUGCCCUGUUUAACGAGCUGGUAAAAUCUCGAGCAGCCAAAGUCAUCAAGACGCUGACGGAAAUCAACAUUGCAUUUCUGCCCUAUGAGUCCCAGGUGUAUUCCCUGGACUCUGCUGAUUCUUUUCAAAGCUUCUACAGCCCUCACAAGGCUCAGAUGAAGAAUCCUAUCCUGGAACGCCUGGCAGAGCAGAUUGCAACCCUGUGUGCCACCCUAAAGGAGUACCCAGCUGGUAUCGGGGAGGGUUUGAAAGUGAAAUACAAAGUCAGGGAGUACAAGGACAAUGCAUUGCUGGCUCAGCUGAUCCAGGACAAGCUGGAUGCUUAUAAAGCUGAUGACCCAACAAUGGGGGAGGGUCCUGACAAGGCACGGUCCCAGCUCCUGAUCCUGGAUCGUGGCUUUGACCCCAGCUCUCCUGUGCUUCAUGAAUUGACUUUUCAGGCUAUGAGUUAUGAUCUGCUGCCUAUUGAAAAUGACGUUUACAAAUAUGAGACCAGCGGCAUUGGAGAGGCACGUGUGAAGGAGGUGCUUCUGGAUGAGGACGAUGACCUGUGGAUCGCGCUGCGUCACAAGCACAUCGCAGAGGUGUCCCAGGAGGUCACCCGGUCUCUGAAGGACUUUUCCUCUAGCAAGAGGAUGAAUACUGGAGAGAAGACCACCAUGCGGGAUCUCUCCCAGAUGCUGAAGAAAAUGCCGCAGUACCAGAAGGAGCUCAGCAAGUAUUCGACUCACCUGCACCUUGCUGAAGACUGUAUGAAGCAUUACCAAGGCACCGUAGACAAACUCUGCCGCGUGGAACAGGAUCUGGCAAUGGGCACAGAUGCUGAGGGGGAGAAAAUCAAGGACCCCAUGAGAGCCAUUGUCCCCAUCCUGCUGGAUGCAAACGUCAGCACUUACGACAAAAUCCGCAUCAUCCUUCUCUACAUCUUCCUUAAGAACGGCAUCACUGAGGAAAACCUAAACAAGCUCAUCCAGCAUGCCCAGAUCCCUCCAGAGGACAGUGAGAUCAUCACCAACAUGGCUCACCUUGGUGUGCCCAUCGUCACAGACUCGACACUACGUCGUAGGAGCAAGCCAGAGCGGAAGGAGCGCAUCAGUGAGCAGACCUACCAGCUCUCACGAUGGACCCCAAUCAUUAAGGACAUCAUGGAGGACACUAUUGAAGACAAACUGGAUACAAAGCACUACCCAUACAUCUCUACCCGCUCCUCUGCUUCCUUCAGCACCACCGCUGUCAGCGCCCGCUAUGGACACUGGCACAAGAAUAAAGCCCCCGGGGAAUACAGAAGCGGCCCCCGCCUCAUUAUUUUCAUCCUUGGAGGUGUGAGCCUGAAUGAGAUGCGCUGCGCUUAUGAAGUGACACAGGCCAACGGCAAGUGGGAAGUGCUGAUAGGUUCUACUCACAUUCUCACUCCCACCAAAUUCCUCAUGGACCUGAGACACCCCGACUUCAGGGAGUCCUCUAGGGUAUCUUUUGAGGAUCAGGCUCCAACAAUGGAGUGAGAGCCAAAGAAACAAAGAUCCACGCACAUUCUCACCCCACAGAAACUGCUGGACACGCUGAAGAAGCUGAAUAAAACAGAUGAAGAAAUAAGCAGUUAAAAACAUAAGCCGCCCCCACAAAACCCUGACUCCCUUCCCACAGUGCUCUGCAGCUCCCCAGCGCAAUGCCUCGGUUACUCUGCUGCCUCCCCAGCCCUGCACGCCCUGGCCACCCCCUUGCCACGCUGAGUCCUUCUCCUGUGCAAAGACAUCCUAUCUUGUCCUUUGAAAAGCAAGAGAGUAAUGUGUUGUUUUUUAAAAAGUGAGUAUCUUCUGUAUGUAUCCCACAAGAAGUUGACAUGCAAGAGCCACACUGCAGAAGCAUCAGAACUCUAGACCAAGUGGACUCUCUCCUUAUUUAUGAUCCCGUGACCUGUACAUAGCCCUGUACCGUGUGCCGUAUGCGCACAUUGCUUGAGUAUGGAAAGGUAGAUGUGUGGGUGUUUCUCAA